AGACAGAAACCCGUUUCGACUGUCGUAUCAGUUCAACACGAGACUUCGGUGUUCGUAGUUGGUGGGUUGUACCGUUUCUAACCUAACCUGUUGAGCGUCUCUGUGCGUCCUUUGAACGAUUUCUGGUAUUGUAACGGAUUCCAUCGUUUGAAUCAGACGCAACUGUUACGACGAAAAAGCUACCAAAAUGGGUUGCGCAAUGGGAUUGGUCAAAACUCUACUCUUCGUAUUCAAUUUCAUUUUUGCGGUAUGCGGGUUGGGUAUCCUAGCUGUAGGUGUCAUCGUACACUUAGAGCUGGCAAGUGUCUCCCAACACCUCGAUGCCAAUAUUAUGUUCCCAUCGAUAACGUUGAUUGUCCUUGGUAGCAUAAUAUUUGUGAUAUCGUUUUUCGGAUGUUGUGGUGCCAUCCGCAGCAGCCAUUGCAUGAUUGUUACCUUUGCCUCGAUGCUUAUGUUCAUCUUGCUGAUUCAAGUAGCAGUUGCAGUGUACGCUUUCGUGGUCAUCAAGCAAGUCGAUCCUGAUACUGUCAGGAAGGGUUACAAUGAAUUAUUCCAGAGUUACCCCACGGAAGGGCAGAACAGAGAAAUUGUAGAUAUAGUUCAAACUGCUUUCAAGUGCUGUGGUGUCGUCUCUAAGGCCGAUUAUUCUCCUCAUGAUAACUUCAAUGGUACUAUUCCCUGGAGUUGUUGCGGUAAACCUGAAGGACAGAGUUGUUCAAUGAAUGAAUCGUACGAUAAGGGUUGUGCGCAAGAAUUGGAAUCUGCGCUGAAAAAAGCGGGAACCUUAUUGGGUGGCGUUGCAGUCGGUAUUGCCGGAGUUGAGUUGAUCGGCAUCAUUUUCGCACUUUGCCUGGCGAAUUCCGUCAGGAAUGCUGAACGCAGAGGUUACAGAGUGUGAGAGUUUUAAUAAACAAAAGAAAGUAUAUAUUGCAUAAAAAGUAAUAUAAUUGAUAACACUACCAUUAAAUGACUUGAUUGUAAGAUCCGGUAGAGGUUACUGAUACUACAAACAAGACAAAUUUACACAAUUGUUUUUAUUACAACUGAUAGAAGUGCAAAUUCUAGAGCGAGAAAGUGCCUUUCGUUUCAGCUUUUUGUGUAUCAUUUCUCGUUUGAAUAUCGAACCUUCUUGGUGUGCGAUGUCGAACGUAUAAACAUAUUGUUUAACGUGACUUUGUUUUUUUAAUUUUUAUAUAUUUCUAUGAAAUUGGAUAUAUUACUUACGUAGACGACAUAGUAGUAAUAUGUAGUGAUAUACGAAGAUCGCGAUAACCGGUGCAAAAUAUUUAUUUUUAAAGGCUUGGCAAUUUUUUUUUUUUUUUUUAAUUUUAUCUUAGCUAUUUACCACCUUUUUCGUGUACACGAUUAUUAUUAAUAUUAUUAUCGAGUCGAAAUAUCCUGAAUCUUUGUGAAAAGAAAAACUACAAUUUUGGAAAAAUUAAGAAUAUUCAACGAAAAUUCUAAAUUAUAGCGCAUUACGUAUAAUACGACGAAUAUUAUAGGAACGUAUUUUUAUAAUAUUUUGAUAAGUAUUACACAUCGCUUACAGAUGCUUUUAUAAAAUAUAAUUCAUAUUGUUCUUUGUACAGCACAUAUUCACUAUACUUCUCUAAGAGUAAUGUCGAACGACAUAUUUUCAUUUUAAUAAAACCUAUUUUACCCAAA